AUGAAAGUAAUCCUGGUUCUCACUUUCCUGGCCACUUUGGUAGCUCUUUCCCUGGCUUUUCCCCAGGUGGGACAUGGAUCUCCUAAUGGACCCAGCGGCCGCUUUCCUAUGACCAAAAAUUGGGCCCAACCUCCAGUUGAUCUGCGUAAGCCCAUUAUCUUCCUGCCCGAAGCCACGCCCAUUCACGAAGCCCAGGAAUCGCGACCCGGACAGACCAGACGUCGCAAGAGUGGUUAG